AUGGGGAAAGAAACGCCACAGCCCUACAAGGCUGAUGCUCAUAGAGAUCUAUUAGAAACUAGCAAUGCUGCUGCUUCUUCCUCAAGCUUUCUCAAUAAUAUUGAUCAAGAAUACCCCGAAGAGGAUCUUCCAACUUAUGAAGAAACAUCCUCAUCGGCACCUCUUCUUUCGCGUACUGAUGGCCCGUCUGCCAGCAAUUCCCACUCUACCUCCGGUGCAGGAUGGUAUAUCCCUCCUCCCGAUCUUCCUUUCUCUUCGCACGACUAUAGUUCAUCCGAUUUCUGGACAAGGUUCCCAAAUUAUUCUACAGAUCCCGAUGCUCUUCGUCAAAUGAUCCUCGAACAAGCUCAAUAUGCUCCGACCUAUUAUGUGGAAGUAUCGGGGACUCACACAGAAACCGAGCGUCGACACAAGAAAGACUCAUCGGAAACUAUUACGGAUUUCCACAUACGUCUGAAUUUAACACAUUUACUCACGACCGGAAUAAGAACUGGAGGAAAACUAGAGAUCUUGCCAGAUAACCAAAAGGGAUAUCGAGGAGGAAUCAUCAAGUCACUAGAGCCCUCCCUCUCAAACUGUGAUAUUGAGUCCGGCUCGACAGGGGAUGAAUUACAAGCCUGGUGUGGAAAAUUCGUUUCCGAUCCAUCUGGCAUGAAAUGCUUCAUAUUUGAACGCAAGAUCAUAAAUCAUGACAAAAGUCAUCUGGAGUACCUCUUACGACGUGUCGUUACAUCUACAAAUUACCGUGGUCGAAUUCACGUCAAUUUUCCAACGUCGCACAAACGAGUAAUUGUUUAUUCGCCACAUAUGAUCAACGAAUGGCGAAUGACUACUUGGAUUCGUUGGUUCUUUUAUCUCACAUUCCUAUGGGUAGUUUCCUGGCCAAUUCUCUUCUUGGUCACUCGUCGCUACGAGGUCGUGAGAUGUAUAUAUCAAUAUGCAGACAGACGUGCGGGAGUCGGUGCUUCCCCUCGAAAACCAACUGUGCAAAGCGAGGAUGAUUUUGUUAAUCAUUGGGAAGCUGCUUUGAGAUCUGCAAUUAUGGGACGAAUGAUCCGAAGAGACUCUUGUCUGGAUGAAGAUUAUAGAGUACAGAUAUUGCAAGCGGAAGUUGCGAGAGGUCAAGCGGCUGCACGUGCUCUAAACGGUACGGGUAAUGCUUUGGCGGAUGGCGCGAUUGGAGUUAUCGCAGCAGCGACGAGCUUCGUAGGCGAAUAUAAUGAUGCGAGAGGUUGGGGUUAUGAUUCUUGA